AUGGCGGCCGGAAUGGAUAGUUUUGACAACGAGAAGCAGCCGGACCCCGAAACAAUUGGAAAGGGACAUGUACUAGAGGAAUUUAAAGAAAUAGAAGAAUUCAAAGGACUGAUUGACGGACUUAAACAUGUAUACAAUGACCAAAUUGCUCUGGAAGUGUCAUGUGAACGAUUUACAGUCAUCGCUGACAAAUAUCAGGAACAGCCCCACUUGAUUGAUCCUCAUUUGGAGUCAUUGAUGGCACAGAUUUUGAGUAUUGCCCGAGAUGUAAAGUCUCCCCCAGCUUUGAUUCACUUGGCAUUCAAGUAUCUUUAUCUCAUUACUAAGAUGAGAGGGUACAAGGUGAUUGUACGACAGUUUCCACAUGAGGUGGCUGAUGUUGAACCAGUCCUUGCCAUGAUUGACCAACAGGAUCCCAAUAAUCAUCAGACAUGGGAAUCACGCUACAUGCUAAUCCUGUGGCUGUCUAUGGUUUGUAUGAUACCAUUUGAUAUGGUAAGACUUGACAGUAAUGUUGUCAAUGUAUCUGGUGAGAGAAAGAGACCAGUCAUGGACAGAAUACUUGAUGUGGCAAGGAUGUACCUAACUGAGAAUGACAAGUGUAGAGAUGCAGCUGCUUACCUUGCUUCACGCUUCCUCACCAGACCUGAUGUCAAAAAGGAACGCUUACCUGACUUCCUGGACUGGGCAUUAAACAUUCUCAUCAACUCAGACAUGAAGAUGAUGACAGGAAUGAAUAAGGUGACUGGUAUAUUGACCAUGACUGCCCUGCUCUUCAAACAUGGCAAGAGGGAGGACUUACUGGACUAUGCUCCAGUUGUGUUGAUAAAAGUAAAUGAUUUGAAGUUACGAGACUGCAACAACUGUGUCAUCAGAAAACAUGGUGUCAAGGUCAUUCAGAGGCUUGGCCUUACUUUUCUCAAAAACAGAGUAGCUGCCUGGAGAUACCAGCGAGGGAGCCGCUCUUUGACUGAUAACCUCAAAAAAGGUCACCAACCAGGGAUACAGCAGACUUCUGUCCCUAACACCACACAGGAGGAUGAGGAAUAUGAUAUUCCUGAGGAAGUAGAAGAGGUUAUAGAGCAACUGUUGAGUGGACUGAAGGACAAAGACACUGUGGUCAGAUGGUCAGCGGCUAAAGGUAUUGGUCGUGUAACUGGACGACUCCCAAGAGAGCUUGCUGAUGAAGUGGUGGGGUCAGUGUUGGAGCUCUUCAGUCUUCAGGAAACAGAUGGGGCCUGGCAUGGGGGUUGUCUGGCUCUAGCUGAACUUGGGAGACGUGGCUUGUUACUGCCAGAGAGACUUCCAGAUGUGGUUCCAGUCGUGUUGAAGUCUUUGGAGUAUGAUGACAAGCGAGGAUUCUUUUCUGUUGGAGCUCAUGUGAGAGAUGCUGCAUGUUAUGUUUGCUGGGCAUUUGCUAGAGCAUAUGAACCACAGGAAAUCACACCUCAUGUUAAUAAGAUUGCAACGGCUCUUGUGAAAGCUUCUAUAUAUGACCGGGAGGUGAAUGUCCGACGUGCUGCUGCUGCUGCUUUUCAGGAAAAUGUGGGACGCCAGGGUACAUUUCCACAUGGAAUUGACAUCCUUACCACUGUUGAUUAUUUUGCUGUUGGAAAUAGAUCCCAUUGCUUUCUGGAUCUGAGUGUAUUUGUGGCCCAAUUCCCCGAGUACACUGAAGGAUUGAUCGAUCACCUUGUUCAAAUCAAGAUAUCCCACUGGGAUAGUGCUGUACGAGAGUUAACAGCCAAAGCUCUUCACAGACUUACACCCAAAGCUCCGGAGUACAUGACAAAAACUGUAUUGCCACUGUUGUUACCCCAGACAACGGGACCUGACCUUUUCCUCCGACAUGGUACUAUCCUGGCCGUAGCAGAGAUCACACAUGCUCUGGGCAAGCUGGUUAAUCAACAAAACAGAACUAUAACUGAUGUUCUGGAUGCAGAUGUGAUAGAAGGACUGCGAGGGAUUGCUAAAAAGCUUCAUGAUGUUGAACUUUUCCGAGGCAUGGGAGGUGAACUUAUGAGGAAAGCAGUGAGUUGUCUGAUAGAGAAGCUGUCACUAUCCAAGCUACCCUACCAUGGAGAUCCCAUCAUUGAAUUAUGGCAAAGAAUCAUUGAUGACUGUUUACACCAUAUUGAACCAGAAAUUCAGGAAGCAGCUGUAGCAGCCAUUCCAGCCUUCUUUCAGGAAUAUUAUUCAGACAGCAAUAGAGAUGCUUUCCCUGACAAACAAGAAAAUGUAAUAAGUAGAUACUUAGAAGAGCUAAAAAGCCCAGUUGAAAUAUCAAGAAUGGGGUAUUCCUUGGCCAUUGGUGCUCUACCCAAGUUUUUCAUUAAGAACAAACUCCGAGGUAUCCUGAGUGGUCUUAUGGGAGCCACUCGGGUGACAGAGAAAGAGAAAAAGUGGGCAGAGUCAAGACGUGAUGCAAUCAAAGCUAUCACAGGGGUCUGUAAGUCAGUUGGAGUUGAUAAAGAUGGAGACCAGUCACAGGUCUUGUGUUCACAGAAUAUUUCCGAGGUGUAUGACACAUUCUUCUCGGCCAUGCAAGACUACACCUUGGACAGUCGAGGAGAUGUUGGGGCAUGGGCUCGGGAGGCUGCCAUGAUAGGCUUGCAUGAAAUUUCCACUGUGAUAGUCAACACUGAUGCUAGUCUGAUAUCACCUGAAAUAUGUAAGAAUUUGUUUUGCUGUCUGGUACAGCAGGCUUGUGAAAAAAUUGACCGGACAAGGGCACACGCUGGCAACAUAUUCAAGUGUCUCCUCUAUCACAGACCAGAAAUUCCUCACAUUCCAGACCGCCAUUUAUUAGAAGAGGUGUUUCCCAGAGAAGAAUCAGAGAAAUUGAACUGGGCAGCUCCAUCAGACACAUUUCCCCUGUUCACAAAGCUCCUGAAGUGUUCUACGUAUCGAUACAGUGUGCUGUUAGGUCUCACUGUCAGUGUAGGGGGCCUUACAGAGUCAUUGGUGAUCUAUUCUAGUGGAUCCCUACACACAUACCUACGGACCAUUAAUAAAGACCUUACCCAGAUGUCACAAUUUGUCGAUGUUGUCAUUCAGAUAUUUGAAAGUUACAUAAAAGUUGACAGGGUGUCUCUACCCAUGCUGAAGAUGUUAAACCAGUUAUUCUCCAAAGGAUGUUUUAGUGUGUUUACUGAAGAUCAAAAUCAAGUAUUUGCUCAGAAGAUUCUGGAGUUGGUGAAAAAGGAAAUAUCAAGAAGUGGGGACCCUCAGAAACUCAUAGCCAGUGCUGAUGUGUUUUGCGAGUUGUUGCAGUUCAGCACAGAAGUGAAAAAGAAAGCACUUUUUCAGUUACUGGUACUGAUGGGACAUAAAUAUCCAAGGAUCCGCAAAGCCACAGCCAACAAGUUAUAUGAGGCUCUAGUGACUUAUGACGAUGUAGCCCCAGAGGAGGGGCUAGAUGAAGCUAUGUCUGUCAUCAGUGAAACAUCAUGGGACAAUGACAACAUCAAUGAAGUUCGACCAAUUAGAAAUCAGCUCUGUGAUCUGUUAGAUGUACCCAAGCCAAAGGUCGUGGUCAAGACUGAUGCCACUAAACAAGCCAGUUCAUGACCACAACAUGGUAUAAGAAAAGCAUGAAGACAUAUGUCCUGGAUAUAGACAAUCACAUAGUGUUCAAACAGGUACCAAAGGAUCAAAUGGAUGCUAGGAUCAGAUGAGACUGACUUUUCAGUGAACUUUUGUAAAGGGGAGGACUGAUCAUCACAAGGAUAUGCUUGGCUUAAUGUGCCUAGAUUACAGGAAAAUUUUCUAUAUAACACUGUAUCUUUUAGUGUUUUAUGUUUUGUAAUUGGUUUAAUAUCACACAUACCUUGUAUGUUGGUAUCAAUUUCCCAAAACAAACUGCUCUGUAAAAUGUGAUAUUUUAUAAUAUAUACAAGAUAUGUCCCUUAAAUGUAUGAACUAGAGUUAUAUGUCUAUGUAAGAUGUGAUAUUUUGCUUAUGUAUAUCCAGCUGGAAAUUUAACUGAAGCAGUGUAUUAAUUCGUAUAUCUGAAAUAUUAAAACAAGGAAAUCCAGACAAAA